CUGGGGCCGGAGUACCGGGAUAGCGCGGGGGCGGCGACGGACUGCGCGGGCGGCAGCUCGUCCUCUCUUUCCUCCCCUCUUCCCUGGCCGAAACUCGGCAUCGGGUUUCUCUGCCCGGCGACCAGUGGAGGUGCCUGCCUCCGGGCCCGGGGCUUCCCGCUGCGGCGGCGCGCAGACGAGCGGAUGGGACUCGAGUCUCUUCCCUGCUUUCCCGCCGGCAGUCCUCGAGGCUCUUUCCCGGCGUGAGACCCGGAGAUAUCCCUGGAGCAUUUGGAUAAUGUGAUAGUUGGGAUGCAGUGAUGUCGAAUCUCUGUCCUCCACCAUCUCCAGUUGUUGCCAAGACAGAGAUUGCUUUAAGUGGUGAAUCACCUUUAUUAGCAGCUACCUUUGCUUACUGGGACAAUAUUCUCGGUCCUAGAGUAAGACACAUUUGGGCUCCAAAGACAGAGCAGGUACUUCUCAGUGAUGGAGAAAUAACUUUUCUUGCCAACCACACUCUAAAUGGAGAAAUCCUUCGAAAUGCAGAGAGUGGGGCUAUAGAUGUAAAGUUUUUUGUCUUGUCUGAAAAAGGAGUAAUUAUUGUUUCAUUAAUCUUCGAUGGAAACUGGAAUGGGGAUAGAAGCACAUACGGACUAUCAAUUAUACUUCCACAGACAGAACUCAGCUUCUACCUCCCACUUCACAGAGCGUGUGUUGAUAGACUAACACACAUUAUCAGGAAAGGAAGAAUAUGGAUGCACAAGGAAAGGCAAGAAAAUGUCCAGAAAAUUGUCUUAGAAGGCACAGAGAGAAUGGAAGAUCAGGGUCAGAGUAUUAUUCCAAUGCUUACUGGAGAAGUAAUUCCUGUAAUGGAACUGCUUUCAUCUAUGAAAUCACACAGUGUUCCUGAAGAAAUAGAUAUAGCUGAUACAGUUCUCAAUGAUGAUGACAUUGGUGACAGUUGUCAUGAAGGCUUUCUUCUCAAUGCCAUUAGCUCACACUUGCAAACCUGUGGCUGUUCUGUUGUAGUAGGUAGCAGUGCAGAGAAAGUAAAUAAGAUAGUAAGAACAUUAUGCCUUUUUCUGACUCCUACAGAGAGAAAAUGCUCCAGGUUAUGCGAAGCAGAAUCAUCAUUUAAAUAUGAGUCAGGGCUCUUUGUACAAGGCCUACUAAAGGAUUCAACUGGAAGCUUUGUGCUGCCCUUCCGGCAAGUAAUGUAUGCUCCCUAUCCCACCACACACAUAGAUGUAGAUGUAAAUACUGUCAAGCAGAUGCCUCCCUGUCAUGAACAUAUUUAUAACCAGCGUAGAUACAUGAGAUCAGAGCUGACAGCAUUCUGGAGAGCCACUUCCGAAGAAGACAUGGCUCAGGACACGAUCAUCUACACAGACGAAAGCUUCACUCCUGAUUUGAAUAUUUUCCAAGAUGUCUUACACAGAGACACUCUAGUAAAAGCCUUUCUUGACCAGGUCUUUCAUUUGAAACCUGGUUUAUCUCUCAGAAGUACUUUCCUUGCACAGUUUCUUCUUGUCCUUCACAGAAAAGCCUUGACACUUAUAAAAUACAUAGAAGAUGAUACGCAGAAGGGGAAAAAGCCCUUUAAAUCUCUUCGAAACCUGAAGGUAGACCUUGAUUUAACAGCAGAGGGCGAUCUUAACAUAGUAAUGGCUCUAGCUGAGAAAAUAAAACCAGGCCUACACACGUUUGUCUUCGGAAGACCUUUCUAUACUAGUGUACAAGAACGAGAUGUUCUAAUGACUUUUUAAAUGUGUAACUUGUUAAGUGUAUUUCAUCACAAUCAUGAUUGCUGCUAAAUUAGCUCAAUGGUGUGGGAAACAUCACCUCCUCAGGUCAUGCCCUAGAGUCCUACUCAGCAGUGGCAGUUAAAGUUAGGAACACUAUACCUGUCACAAGAAGUCUGGAAGGAGAUGUCACAUGCAUCAUCACAAUGGAUGCAUCUUUUCCUAGGUGGCUCUCUUGGGAUACAGACUUAAAUUUACUAUUAUAAUAGAUAUUAUUGCUGUCUUUUAAAAGUAUAAGAAUAUAAGCUUGACCACAACUACUAUUUCUUGAAACUUAUGAUUCAUGGUUUACAUGUAUCAAAGUGAAGUCUGAGUUAGCUAUCACUGAUAUAAUACUAGUUUGCUUGCCAUCUCUUGGUGUUACUGGGUAUGUAGGAUUAGUGGAAUACUUUGCUAUCAUUUCAGUUCCACAAAAGGAAGUUAGUUUGAACGUAGGUUAAGCUUUAAAAAGAAAGUAUUGAUCAAGCUGAUGUUUAAUUGAAUUUAAUUAUUAUUAGGUACUACUUUUUGAGACAGUCCUUAGGAUUCAGUCUAUGUGAAUGUCAAGCAGUUUGCAUUAUCCCAAUUAUGGUGAACCACAAUCAGGAUGUUUUUUGUUUGUUUGUUUGUUGAACUUCGUCAAAAUACAGGGAGUUGUAUUUUAAGUUUUAGUAGUUAUUGCCAACUUUUAAUUUUCAUUAUUUUUGAGCCAAAUCGAAAUGUGUACCUCUUGUGCCCUUUUUUUUUUUUCUUGGCAAAUCUGAUUACUUGAAAGAAGUUCAGAUUUCACUUGCCAGUCAUUUUUAUCUUGUUUUCCUCUUGUAUAGUCUUAACCCUAAUUUGGCAAUUGUGACUCCAAAAUUAUUAAAUGCAAUAGAGAAUAUACUAGUGAGCAAGAUGUUUUUCCAAGAACAAAGAGUAGUAUCUUGUCUUCUUCCUUCUUAUAUUUCUGUCCAUGUUUCUGAAGUUGUUGCCAUGCCUCCUUGUCUACAUCAUAUGAGAAAUAGCAAGAGAAACUUUACUGAAGUGCUAUUUACUAGGUGCUAUUUGGCAGAAGUAAAUAGUCGGUCUUCUUUUGUUUCCUUAUGUGUUUGGACCAUUGUGCUAGCUAUAAAAUAACUGAUUAGUGUAAUUCUGUGCUAGAACAGUGUUGACGUAAUAGUAUGCACAAGCAUAAAAAUGUUUUUAUUUAAAACUGGAAGUAACACAAAAGGGAAAAAUUAUUUAUAAGAAAGAGAUACAAGUGAUAGAGCCCCUCUGCCCUCACCCACUAAAUUUAGCCAAAACCAUUAUCUUCUGUGCUGAAAGGUCCUGGUAGCCUUUCAUGUCACUGAGCAAAGUAUAGGCAUCUUGAUUUUUAGACACACAUUGAACUAGAUGACUGAUGCUCUAUAGCUCACCUGUGAAAAAAUUUAUAGAUACCACCUUGUACCAAUGUUUAUUCAGUGCUUUUUCCAUGAUGAAUAAAUAAG